AUGGAAAAGAAAUGUUACAAAUCUUUUUUUGGUAUUGGCAAAGCAGUAGUUGAAAGGGUUUUUACUAAGUUAAGACAAAAUAUCCCUAGCCCAAAAGAUUUGCGUGGAAAACAUACAGUACGUCCUAAUAAAUUACCUGAUAAUAUUUUAUUUCAAUUAUCGGCACAUAUUCAGAGCUUCCCCAAGUGUAUUUCACACUACAGCAGACAAGAUAACAAUGAAAAACGUUAUUUAUCUGCUGAGCUUAGUGUACACAAAAUGUAUGAAAUGUAUAUUGAAAAAUAUGAACCUGACAUUUAUGAGAUAUUAAUAAAUGGAAGAAAAGCCAAACCUAUUGUAAAAUAUCCAUAUUUUCUCAAAUAUUUUAACAAUAAUUUUAAUUUGUCGUUUGGCAAUCCAAAAUCAGAUACUUGCCAAACAUGUGAUCGACUAGACAAUUUUAUUAAUGCUGAAUUAAAUACAGACAUUAAAUUAUCUUUGAUUGAAGAAAAACAAAUUCACCAAAAAAAAGCAGAAUUAUUUUAUGCUGAUCUAAAAAGAUUAUCUCUAGAGUCUAAGGAAAAUACUGAUUUAGAAGUUUUAUCGUUUGACUUCCAACAAAACCUGCCUUUACCACAUGUACCAUGUGGUGAUGUGUUUUAUAAAAGGCAAAUUUGGUCAUACAAUUUUUGCAUUCACUCAGCAAAAACAAACCAAGCUUACUUUUUUAUGUAUGAUGAGUCAGUUGCAAAAAAAGGCCAGAAUGAGGUUAUAAGUUUUCUCCAUUAUUAUUUACAAAACUUACUUCAACAAGGAGUAAAGACAUUAUACCUUUUCGCAGAUAACUGUAGUUCACAAAACAAGAAUAAUGCUUUAUUUCAAUAUAUCUACACUAUUAUAAAAUCAAAUGCAUUUGGAUUAAAUACAAUCAUUCAAAGGUAUCCUGAGCCAGGGCACAGUUUCCUGCCAUGUGACCGCUGCUUUGGUUUGAUUGAGCAGAAAAAGAGAAAAAUUGAACGUGUAUUUUUACCAAUAACUUAUCAAGAACUGGUCAAACAAACAAACAUCAAAAAAUUUCAUGUGAUUAAUGUUAAUCAAAAUUUUAUAUACAAUUUUUCAGAUUACUUAAAACCAUUUUUUAAAAAAUAUAUUACUAGUACAAACAAAGUCAAGUUCACAAUAAUGGCUUAUCGCUGUAUUGAAUAUACUAAAGAGGGUUUGUUAUGUAGUGUUAUUCCCAAUUCAACUGCCAAAGAGCAUUAUACAAUAGAAAAAUCUGGAUCCUUAUUGAAAUUUCCCAUGGAAAACCUCCCAUUAUUGUAUCAAGGAAAACUUAGUAUUAAAGCUGCAAAACUAAAAGAUGUCCUUGAAUUGGCUGCAAAAUAUGUUCCCCCUCAACAUUUAUGGUUUUAUGAACAGUUUGUAGAAACCAAUGAUGAUACAGUUUUAUCAGACUAUGAAUACUAA